GUUGCUUUCUCAUUUUAUGUCAUAUUAGCAACUUGUUUUGAUUAGUUACUCGUUGCUGCUUUGGCCAUUCACUUCAAGCCACAUAGGAGGACCAAGAUCUAACCACGCACACCUACAAUUUGAACCAAGCUACACAUCAUGUCUUGUUGUUAGAUCUAGGUGGUUGGGACCGCUCUAGGUCUGCAUAGUGAUGCUGCGAGACUGGCCGCUACAGGGAUGGCACGUGGGCCAAAAGGAGAGUGGGGUCAGAGGAGGUGGAGAGUAGAAAAGGACCCAUGAAGUUGUGGUUGGAGAAGAAGGAAGAGAAACGACAAUGGCAAUAGAGAAACAAUGAAAAGAAGAAAAAAAUGAAACAUUGUCGUCAAUAAUCGCCUAUGACAACAACGGUGAAUGCUGGUCAAAGGAGAAGGGUUUGAAAUUAAGUGUGUGAAAGAUGGAGAACGGGUUAUGGUGCGCAACACCCCACAAAAGUACUGGUGGAAGCCAAGUUUAACGAAUGACGAGCCUCCUCCAAGGCCAUUGAAGGUUACUUUUGCUGAGCCUGCAACUCACUGGACCGAUGCCAUCCCCAUUGGUAAUGGCCGUCUUGGUGCCAUGGUUUGGGGUGCCGUACCCUCAGAAGCUCUCCAGCUCAAUGAGGACACACUUUGGACUGGGAUUCCUGGAGACUACACCAACAAAAGUGCUCAACAGGCACUGGCUGAAGUCAGAAAGCUGGUUGAUGAUAGAAAAUUCUCUGAAGCUACGGCAGCAGCGGUCAAGUUGUCAGGAGAUCCUUCUGAUGUAUACCAACUUCUCGGAGAUAUCAAGUUAGAGUUUCAUGAUUCCCAUCUUAAUUAUUCAAAAGAGUCAUAUUAUAGGGAGCUGGAUUUGGAUACUGCAACAGCAAAAAUAAAAUACUCUGUGGGUGAUGUAGAAUUUACCAGAGAACAUUUUGCUUCUAAUCCGGACCAAGUGAUAGUGACAAGGUUAUCUACAAGCAAACCUGGGUCAUUAUCAUUUACAGUGUAUUUUGAUAGCAAAAUGCAUCAUGAUUCAAGGGUAAGUGGCCAAAAUCAGAUAAUAAUCGAAGGGAGAUGUCCUGGCAGUAGGAUCCGACCAAUAGUGAAUUCAAUUGACAAUCCACAGGGAAUUCAGUUUUCUGCAGUUCUUGAUAUGCAGAUUAGUAAAGAUAAAGGGGUUAUACAUGUUUUGGAUGACAAGAAGUUAAGGGUUGAAGGUUCAGAUUGGGCUAUUUUGCUUUUGACAGCUUCUUCUUCCUUUGAUGGCCCAUUUACUAAGCCCGAAGACUCUAAGAAGGAUCCUGCUUCUGAGUCCCUAAGUAGAAUGGUGUCUGUGAAAAAAAUUUCAUAUGGUGAUCUUUAUGCACGCCACUUGGCUGACUAUCAAAAUCUAUUUCACCGUGUCUCAUUGCAACUCUCUAAAAGCUCCAAGACUGUUUCAGGAAAAUCUGUUUUGGACAGAAGGAAAUUGGUUUCCUCCCAAACUAACAUCUCUCAAAUGGGAGGGGAUGAUACCAUUCCAACUUCAGCAAGAGUCAAAUCUUUUCAAACUGAUGAAGAUCCUUCCUUUGUGGAGCUUUUGUUUCAAUAUGGUCGAUAUCUUCUAAUCUCUUGUUCGCGUCCUGGAACUCAGGUGGCAAACCUACAGGGUAUCUGGAACAAAGAUGUUGAGCCUGCAUGGGAUGGUGCUCCUCACUUGAACAUUAAUCUUCAAAUGAAUUAUUGGCCAUCCCUUGCUUGCAACCUACACGAGUGUCAAGAGCCCUUAUUUGAUUUCAUUUCCUCUUUGUCAGUCAUUGGUAAAAAAACUGCAAAGGUGAACUAUGAAGCAAAUGGCUGGGUUGUACAUCAAGUUUCUGACAUAUGGGGUAAAACAUCACCAGAUCGAGGUGAGGCUGUUUGGGCUUUAUGGCCAAUGGGUGGAGCUUGGCUUUGUACCCAUUUAUGGGAGCAUUAUACUUAUACAAUGGACAAAGUUUUUCUUAAAAAUAAAGCAUAUCCUUUGUUGGAAGGAUGCACAUCAUUUUUGUUGGAUUGGUUGAUUGAGGGCCGUGGUGGAUUAUUGGAAACUAACCCAUCAACUUCACCAGAGCACAUGUUCACUGCACCAGACGGAAAAACUGCUAGUGUGAGCUACUCAUCAACCAUGGACAUUUCAAUCAUAAAAGAAGUUUUCUCUAUGAUCAUUUCUGCUGCUGAGGUUUUAGGAAGGCAUAAUGAUACUAUUAUCAAAAGAGUCACCGAGUAUCAGUCUAAACUUCCUCCGACAAAAGUUGCUAGAGAUGGUUCCAUUAUGGAAUGGGCAGAAGAUUUUGUGGACCCCGAUGUACAUCAUCGACAUGUUUCGCAUCUGUUUGGACUGUUUCCAGGACACACAAUUAGUGUCGAGAAAACUCCAGACCUCUGUAAAGCUGUGGAAGUUAGUCUAACUAAAAGAGGAGAGGAUGGUCCAGGGUGGUCAACAACUUGGAAAGCUUCACUUUGGGCACAUCUUCACAAUAGUGAGCAUUCAUAUCGCAUGAUAAAACACUUGAUUGUCUUGGUGGAGCCUGAUCAUGAAAGGGAUUUCGAAGGAGGACUUUACAGCAACCUGUUCACAGCACAUCCCCCUUUCCAGAUUGAUGCAAACUUUGGUUUUUCAGGAGCGGUUGCAGAAAUGCUUGUUCAAAGCACAACGAAGGACCUGUACUUGCUUCCCGCAUUGCCACGCGAUAAAUGGGCGAAUGGUUGUGUGAAAGGAUUAAAAGCUCGUGGUGGGGUGACAGUCAACAUUUGCUGGAAAGAAGGAGAUCUGCUUGAAUUUGGGCUUUGGACAGAAAACCAGAAUUCCAAAGUGAGACUACAUUAUAGAGGAAAUGUGGUCUCAGCAAGUUUAUCACCCGGCAGAGUUUAUUCAUAUGAUAACCAGUUGAAGUGUGCGAAGACAUACUCCCUUAGUGAAGUGAAUCCUUGAAUCUUUUGCAAUAAAUCUUCUGAAGAACAUACAUUGCUUUUUGCAAUGUUUGAUGUAGUUUUGUGGAACAAGAUACAUUUAUCUUGUUUCCUAAUAUUAUUCUUCCAGAGUCAUUUAGUCACCGAGAAUGUAAUUUUUACUAAUUUAACGGAUAAGUUGUUUUAUUGAAGCAUUUGUUCUACGGUUUGCGGUGUAAAACCCGUGUAAUAUUAUUGUCAUUCUGUAAUUCAAUUUCACACGAAUGAAUCACGGAUGUUCUGUCUGGCAUAAA